AUGAAUCAUUUCAAUACUUCCUUGAUGAUUAAUUAUACCCAAGCAAAACCAGGGCCCAUCAACUUCCUCCCGGCCAUCACGUCCCUGGAAUCAAGCUACAAGGACCGCUUUCCCCACCGCAACCUGACCCAUACAUUGAGCCUGCCAUGGAGGCCAAACACGUACUACAGAGUGUCCUCCGACUUCCCUAACUUGGGCUCCUACUGCACUCGAGCGCAGAGGGUGGGCGAGAGCACCAUGGUGCCCUUUGUUUCCAACAGAACAUCGCUCUUCACCAAGUACACUCAUGACGACUGGUACAAGUCCAGCUACGACAGUUUCCAGGAGUCCAAUACAUCACGACACAAUUCAGAGAAACUCAGAGUGGAUACAUCCCGCCUCAUUCAAGAGAAAUAUCAACAAAUCAGAAAAACCCAGGUGGACACGACUCAAAACCUGGGAGAACGGGUCAAUGACAUAGCGUUUUGGAAGUCUGAAAUCAUUAAUGAGUUGGAUGAGAUGAUCGCAGAGACAAAUGCCCUGACGGAUAUGAGGAGACGAUUGGAAAGGACACUGACAGAGACAGAAGCCCCUCUACAGGUUACCCGAGAAUGUCUAUUUCAUCGGGAGAAGAGAAUGGGAGUUGAUCUAGUUCAUGAUGAUGUCGAAAGAGAAUUGUUGAUGGAACUUGAUACUAUUCUGUGCUGCCAAGAGAGAAUGAAGUUGCACUUGGAUAAAGCUAUUGCUCAACUUGCCUCUAACAGAGGGGCCCAGCAUGAGCUGGAGAAGGACCUGGGUGACAAACAGAUGGCCCUCAGGAUUGACGACAAAUGCCACCACCUACGCAACACAUCGGAAGGCAUCAGCUUCUUCCGAGGGGUGGAGAAUGUCGAUGCGACGAUCUCCGUGCCUGAGUCAUGGGCCAAAUUUACCGACGACAACAUUCUCCGCUCCCAGAGUGAACGGGCGACCUCUGCCAAGACGAGAGACGAGAUAGAAACCUUGCUGACAGUGUCCACCAACGAGAUGUGGAAUCAGUUCAGUAAAGUGAACUGGUACCUCACCAAGCGCAUCGCCGAGCUCGGAGAAGCUAAGAGCAAGAUUCAGGUUCACUUAGCAAAGAAACUCUCACCACCCCCCAGAAUGGCGCCAGGAGGCACAGGACCUCCUGGACAGGCAGACCUUGUUAAUGAGGUCUACGAGGUGCACGACACCAUCCAAACCUUGCAGCAGCGCCUACGGGAGGCCGAAGACAGCCUACAGUUACUGGUCCACACCAAAGCCACCCUGGAGCACGACCUGGCCGUCAAAGCCAACACGCUGUACAUCGACCAGGAAAAAUGCAUGAGCAUGCGCAGGAGUUUCCCCAGCACCCUUCGGCUGGUCGGCUUCUGCUAG